AUGUGUAACAGAGUCUCAGUCCGCUGCGACUCUACUCACAGACACUGGCUGCUCCGUACCUGUGACUGUCACAGUUGGGCCUUAUCGGUACUCCACUGCUCCACCGUUCCGCUGUCACAGUUGAUCCUUAUUGGCACUCCACUGCUCCACCGUUCCGCUGGCACAGUUGGGCCUUACCAGUAUUCUGCCACUGGCACAGAGCAGAGUGGAACACCAAAAUAUGAAGGAUCUGUCCAGAAAUUAGUUGAAAAUGCCUGCUUCGAAGCCAAUAUUUAUGAAAAUUCCGGUGUGGAUGCAGUUAUGAUUGAAAAUAUGCAUGAUAUACCAUAUGUGAAAUCAAAGGAAUUAGGACCAGAAAUAGUGUCUGUUAUGACAAGAAUAGCUACAGAAGUAAAGAAAGUUAUUCCUCACAUUCCUUGUGGAAUUCAAAUUUUAGCAGGAGGAAACAAAGAAGCUUUGUCAAUAGCAAAAGCAUCUAAUUUGCAGUUUGUUAGAGUUGAAGGAUUUGUUUUUAGUCAUAUAGCAGACGAAGGGUUGAUUGAUGCUUCAGCUGGCCCUCUUUUGCGAUACAGGCGUUCUAUCGAUGCUGAAUCAGUCCUGAUUUUUUCAGAUAUAAAGAAAAAACAUAGCUCUCAUCAAAUUACGAGUGAUGUAAGCAUUGUUGAAACAGCUUUAGCUGCUCAGUUUUUCUUAAGUGAUGCAGUUAUUCUUACUGGAUCAACUACAGGAUCACCAGUCAAUCAAAAUGAACUCAAUGGUAAAAUAGGUCCUGACAAGAUUGCUUUAUUAAAAAUGGCAUCUCCUUUAAAUUCAAACUCGAAAUGUAGGAAAAAGGUUUCCAGUCUUGCUCAAUUAUUGGGUAAAAAAAAACGUUUCAGAUGUCUUUCUACUUCUGUGAAUGGGAGCGUAGAAGUAAUAUCAACUAGUCUUGAUAACAUUAACACUUUAGAUAGUAAAGGAAAUUUAGAACAAUCAGAUACCUGUGAUAAACCUAACCAAGUCCAGCCAUCAGAACUAACAACAAACACUAAUGUUUCUCUAUGCUGUGCUCUGACAGAAAGUUCUCAAACGCCUAUACACCUAUCGAAAACUAAAGAUCAGAACUUGCGGAAUAAACAUUGUUUGCUAGAAAGAGUUAGUGGUUCCAAGUCAACUGAAACUCCAGAUGAUAUGCCUCCAGAGGAGCUCCCUUGUUUGGUUAAGCCCAAUUCAGAAUCAAAUAUCAAUCAAAGAGAAGUCUGUAAAUCGAAGAAAAAAGACCACAAGAGAUCUUUUAGUUUAAGCAGAAGUCUAUUUAGUUCAGCAGACAAAAAUACUGAAAAAAUAGAUAAUAAAUCUCCUGAAAGUUCUCCAACCCUACAGCAUAACCAUCGAAGAUGGAUGCUUUCUAGAAGAUCUGUGGAUAACAUUGCAGUAUCCUCAACUGGUUCUUCACCAACCUCCACUAGAAGUCAACCAGAAGGAAAAAAGAGGAGAAGUAGACCCUCAUCUGUUGUUGUUCUUAGUCGACAUGAUGGUGAAGCGACUGCCUCUACUGAUAGUCUUGCCCGGCAAUCUCUGCUCGCUGCUCAAGUUUUACAUCUUAUUCCUGCUAAUAAAGCUAGAGAGAGGAAUUAUCUAUGUGGUCGCAUAGCCGCAAACUCCCUCCUUGGGAAAAUUGAAUUAGAACGUGUAUUGCCACAAAGAGAAGUUCGAAUAUACGUUGCAACUUGGAAUAUGAAUGGUCAGGCACCUCCUAAUGCGCUAAAUGCUUUGUUACUACCUGAUUGUAUGGAUCAUGUGCCUGAAAUCGUAGUUAUCGGAACUCAGGAAAGUUAUCCAGAUCGUGGUUCUUGGGAAGUCACAUUACAGGAAACGCUUGGUCCUUCUCAUGUACUCUAUCAUUCUUCUGCUCUUGGAACUAUUCAUUUAGCAGUUUUUUUGCGCAGAGAUCUUAUUUGGUUUUGUUCUGUGGCAGAUGAAGCAACCUACAGUGUUAGGCCUGGAACUGCAUUCAGGACAAAAGGUGCUGUUGGUGUUUCAUUCUAUUUAUUUGGAUCAACUUUUUUGUUUAUCACCUGCCAUCUAACUGCUCAUGAAGAACGUGUGAAAGAAAGGCUUCAGGAUAUAAAGAGGAUAAUUAAAGCUUUGGAACUACCUAGUCGCCUACCUAUACGGAAUUCUUCUACAGAUGUCACGGAUAAAUUUGAUUAUGUCAUAUGGAGUGGAGAUCUAAAUUUUCGAUUAAGUCGUCCAAGGUCUGAAGUUAUGGAAUGGAUUUCUUCCAGAAGUUUUCCACUUUUGCAGCCUGCGCAAUUAACUCCUGGAGAUCAACUCACUCAGUCAAUACUCAAUGGUUGUGCAUUGCGUGGAUUCGAGGAAGGUCCGCUUACAUUUCCACCUUCCUAUAAAUAUGACCCCGGAACCCAAAUAUAUGAUACUUCAAGCAAACAGCGAACACCAUCUUAUACUGAUAGAAUAUUAUAUAAAUCUCGAAGAAAGGAUGAAGGCAUUGAAUGCUUAGCCUACAGCUCUGUGCAGUCUGUGAGCACCUCAGAUCAUAAACCCGUUUGGGGCCUUUAUAAAGUUUCUAUUCGACCUGGGAUUGAUACAAUACCUUUAAAUGCGGGAUUAUUUUCUCGUGAGGUGUAUUUGGAAGCAAUAAAAAGAAGAGCUGCUGCAAUGGAUCAGCACACAGAUGCCUCAACAGUCUGCUCACUUCAGUAGGAACUUCUUUGAUAAAAUUUAUUUGUGAACACUAUUAAAAUGUGUCAGUAUAUUACUACCUGAUUUCAAUGUUUGUUGUUAAGAAGAAUACCUAUAGAUUAUUUAUUUAAGGUUUACAAAGUCCUAAUUUCUAGGAUAUUUAAAGAUGAAAAUCGAUCUUGAAGUUUUUCAAAUUUACGGAAGAAAAAUUAAUAUUAACAUUAAUUAUUAUGAACAUUAAAUUGUUUGAACGGAAUGCUUUAUUUUUCACUGGAAAGUUGUAAACAACUAAAAUUUGACUAAAUUAAAUAAUGUUAAUGUUAUCUGUAAAAUUAUUUGGUAAUCAAAUCUUAGCUUUGUUGAAAUUGUUAUUCUCUUCAACAAUUCAUUAUUGGUACUUAAUUAUUAUAAAACUUUACAUUUUCAAGACAAAAUAUACUUUACUGGUAUAAAAAAAUAAAGUGUAUUUUUUUAAACACUAUUAUAGGUACAAACCAGAAUUUGUUAUUUAUGGACAAAAUGGAUUGUUAAAUUUUAUUAUGGAAUGAAUGUUUUAUGUUGAUUAGGUGAUAUUUUUCAAGUGGGUAUAUCCAUUGUUGCAGAUUAAUUAUGAUAACUGUCUAUACUAUAAUAAUAGUCAUAUGACAAUCAUUUUAUUAUAUUUUUAUAACUGUAACUUAUGAAUUAGUGAAACAUUUAUAAUUACUUUGAAGUUUGUAGUAAAACUUUAUUAAUUCAUCAUCUUUCAGUAAGUAAUGUUAAAAGAUAUUCUAGGAGCAUUCCAAAAUUAUUGAAGCUUCUUAUGGUCUAAAAAAUAAGAAUGAUUAAAUAAAAGACAAAUAUAUUGUCUAGUAUUUAUGAAUUUUCAAAAUGAUGCAAUAUCCUGAUAAUUUAAUGUUUUUUUGUUUUUUUUAAAGUUUCGUAUGUAAUUGACUAUUAAUUAUAGUGUGCCUUUAAUGAAUCAACAUCUAUUAUUGCUGCAUUUGAUCCAUUUUAACAAUACUUUAUUAAAGCUGUAGUAAUAUAUAUUUUCCCUUAUAUAUAUCUUCCAGUUAACUAAGGAAUAAAUUGGAAUCUAUCUUAAGUGUCAAGCUUCCUCAAGAUUUAAAUUAAACUAUGAAUGAAGCUUAACGAAAAUGGUUGGUUAAAAAAAAAAGAAACGCUGCAAAUUAUUCCACAAUGGUUUAUUAUUUCCAAACAAUUAUACAUCUAAAGUAACAUUACCUUCUAGUUACAAAGAAAAAUAAAUAAAAGGUGAUUCCAAUUAUUGGACUAAACUUUUUUUUUUAAUCAUUAGUAAUAUGCUAAAAAAAAAAUAGCAUUACUUCAG